AUGGAGUGGCCCACGGUGGAGCACCUACAGGCGGUCAAGCGCAUACUCCGUGACCAAAUAGUUCGUCAUCUCUUCGUCAAUGGUCAUGUUUGUGAUGACACGAAGUCCACAAAAACCAUGAAGAUGGACUUAUCUCGUGUCCGGUCUCUGACAGUCAGUGGGAAUGCUGGUGGUGCUAUUUCUGAUCUUGGCAAGUAUAAACUUAUGAGAGUCUUGGAUCUUGAAGAAUGCACCGACAUGAACGAUAGCCAUGUCAGGAAAAUAUGCAAGCUUUGGAAUCUGAGAUAUCUGAGCCUCAGUUGCAAUAUUACAAAUCUUCCCAAGGAAAUAGCGAAGCUCAAACUGUUGGAGACGCUCGUUCUGAGCAAAACGGUUGUAAAUGUGCUGCCAGUGGAAGUCAUUGGGCUUCCUUGUUUGAACUUGAAAAAGGUGAAGAUAUGGUGUGAGUCUACUGCAGAUGUCGGAGACAAUAACCACUUGAAGGCUGAACUGGUAAAGGCCAUUGGGCAAUACAUCAAAACUCCCAUGGGUGCUGGAGAUGCUCGCUCCCUGUCAAUCGAUUUUCAAGGAGUACCAGGAGGAUCACUGAAUGCUCUUCAAGAACUCUGUUCUCAUGGCACAUCUUUGCAGGAAACAUAUUAUCUCAGCUCACUAAAACUCCAUGACAACUUAUCAACAUAUCCUGAGUUUAUUGGCAUACUUUCAGGACUCACUGAACUGUGCCUUUCGUCUGCCAUUAUUUCUAGGAAUCUUUUGUCUGUGCUUAGUGAAAUGCCAUUAUUGCUUUAUCUCAAACUGAUAGCUGAUGAGAUUGAUGGUUUCGUCAUUAAAGGUGGCACUUUCCAAAGCUUGCGACGGCUGUGUUUUCUUGUGCGACAUCAGAACCCUGUCCUCCCCAUAGUCGAAGAAGGAGCACUUCCAGAACUUGUCUCACUCCAACUACUAUGUAAGCAUCUAACUGGUCCUUCGGGUAUUGAAAUUAGACACCUCAGAAUGCUCCAGGAAAUCGAACUUCAUCCUGAAGUCAGUGAUCCAUUAAGGCAAGAAUGGGAAGCAGCAGCAUCAAACCACCCUAGCAGGCCGAUCGUUUUGCCUUUCAUAACUUGCAAUGAUCCGGUGGGCAAUGAGCCUAAGAACCCAUUUGCAUCACCAGAGGAAUCAGGGCAUGAGGAGGUUGUCAUCCAAGGGCAGCUAGCUCAUGAGGCACCCAGACCUUAUGUACAACAUAGGCCUCUUUCCACUUGUGACUGUUCUGGACCCAGCAGUGAAAUCGAUGAUUCCACAUACCAUGAGCCCAUGGAGAGUACAAUUGGAACAGAGGAAGCAGCUCUUGAGACUCUGAUUGACGAGCAACUACUGAUCGAGGAGCCACUGGAACACACUCCUGUGCAGACAACACAUGAAAAUAGUAUGGUUCAAUCAAGAACAAAUGGGAUACUGGGUUCUACUUCUGAUCAUUUAGUACUUAAGGGUAAAGGGGUGAUCCGAGAAACAGCAAGCAACAACGAAACAUAUUGCCGUGGAGGAAUCAAAAUAUAA